AUGUCUAUUGUGUACAAAAGUUUUGUUGACAGGUUAUGCCGUCAACGACAAAUUCCACCUGGAAGUAUUGCUAUAAAGAAUUCUCGCACGGUCCAUAUGAAACCUGGUUCAAAGAACCCACCACCACCACCUACUCAGAGAAAACAUCCACCACUAAUUCAGACAACUAAAACACCACCACCGAUUCAAACACAUCCAACACCACCACCUUGGCAGCCUCCAUCAAAGACUCGGAAAAACCCAACACCGCCUCCUUCCCGUCCUACUUCAAUUACUCAGACAAACCCAACACCACCACCGAUUCAGACAAACCCAACACCACCACCGAUUCAGACAAACCCAACACCGCCUCCUUCCCAUCCUACUUCAACGACUCAGACAAACUCAACACCACCACCGAUUCAGACAAACCCAACACCGCCACCUACUGAUCAUCCUCAACCAUCAAUACCGACUUCUGAGGAAUUCAGAUUUAUUCCUACCCCGGGAUAUACUCAUCGUGUUUUGCAAAGUCCUCCCCAUCACACCACAGAAGAGGGUGUUGAAGAAGAGGGGGACCAAGCACUUUCUAAUGAGGAACAAGAAGAACAAGUAGAUGGGCAAAGACCGAAGAUCUAUAUUGUGGAAGAUACUGCGUUAAGUCCAGGUGAUCUUGUUGCCGAAAUGUGCAGAAAAGUUAUAGAAAAGCUUUACCGUGGUACUUUUUUUAAUUAUAGUGAGCUUAAACGCGAGAAAAGAGAAAAGGAGAGAAAGGAAUGGUUCAAUAUGUUUAAAUCGCUUGUAAGCUGGGACCGUUGCGAUGAUGCUAAAAUGGAAGACUUGUUUCAUAAAAGAUGUGCUGCACGACUGCGUGAUAUAUUGCAAAAGGCUAAAGAGAAGGCGUGCAAGCCGCCUUAA